GCACCUUUAUCGUCCACCCACGCCAUGGCUAUCGAAACACUCUCCCCUCGCGACGUCCCUACGACGUUGUACUAUUACACCCCCGACGCCAACGGCGAAGGACCCUACAACUACGUCGAAGAGCCUCCGGAAGGCAUCCCCAGAUCCAACACCGCCGCUGAGCCGUACGACGUAGUCAUUCACGACGUUCGCGGGAAGGAGGACACAAUCGGACUCGACAAGACUGGCUUUCAGUAUAUCCGUCACGUUAGCAAAGAGAAGACGUUCACAGACGAGGACGCGAUCAAGGCUCAGUACUACAAGGAAGUCGAAGAUAUUCUGAAGACGCACGCCGGCGCCAAGAGGAUCUUUAUCUUCGACCACACCAUUAGGCGGCCCGCAACACAAGAAACACCCGAGGGAACGAAAGGUUUUAGGGGACCUGUGCAACGAGUCCACGUUGAUCAAACGGAUGUGGCUGCCUUCACCCGUGUCCGCGACCACCUGGGCGCGGACGCCGAACGUCUCUUGAAGGGCCGCUUUCGCAUCAUCAACGUUUGGAGGCCUAUUGAGAACAACGUCGCUCAUGACCCGCUCGCGUUGGCGGACUUCAACUCCAUUGACUACGACAAGGAUCUCGUCUCGUCACGCCUGAUCUAUCCUCACAAGGUUGGCUACACUUUCGCUGUGAAGCACAACCCCGCGCACAGGUGGCACUACCUCGCGGACCAGUCCCCUGAGGAGGUCGCACUGAUCAAGUGCUUCGACUCCGACUACAGCAAGGCGCGCUUGACUCCACACACCGCGUUCAAGGACUCUACCAGCCCUGCCGACGCGCCUCAUAGGCAGUCCAUUGAGGUUAGGGCCUUGGUGUUUGACACUGAGUAGACGGUUGAGGUUGAAGCUGUCACAGCCCGGGCUAUGGUAUGAUUUGAAGAUUUGUAAAUACGCAUAGUAAACACCUUGUAAACGCAUGUAUUUGAAAGUUAUGAGAUGCG